CAUCUCUAUCACAAGUUGCCUACAAUCGUGCCUGAGAGUUGCCUUCUCAUCAUGGUUGGACUUCUACUAGGUGGCAUUAUUUUUGGCGUAGAUGAGAAGUCACCACCUGCGAUGAAGACUGAUGUGUUUUUCUUAUAUCUUCUGCCACCCAUUGUGCUUGAUGCUGGCUAUUUCAUGCCCACGCGCCCCUUCUUUGAGAACCUUGGCACUAUUUUCUGGUAUGCCGUGGUAGGGACACUUUGGAAUUCCAUUGGCAUUGGAGUGUCUUUGUUUGGCAUCUGCCAGAUUGAAGCAUUUGGCCUCAGUGACAUCACUCUGCUCCAGAACCUGCUCUUCGGCAGCUUGAUAUCAGCUGUGGAUCCCGUGGCGGUGCUUGCUGUUUUUGAGAACAUUCAUGUCAAUGAACAGCUCUACAUCCUGGUUUUUGGUGAAUCUCUCCUGAAUGAUGCAGUCACAGUGGUCCUGUACAACUUGUUCAAGUCCUUUUGCCAGAUGAAAACCAUCGAGACCAUCGACGUGUUUGCGGGGAUUGCUAACUUCUUUGUUGUGGGGAUUGGUGGGGUGCUGAUUGGCAUCUUCCUGGGAUUUAUAGCGGCAUUUACCACCCGCUUCACACACAACAUCAGAGUGAUUGAGCCACUUUUUGUCUUCCUGUACAGCUAUUUGUCCUACAUAACAGCCGAAAUGUUUCACCUUUCAGGCAUCAUGGCAAUCACUGCUUGUGCAAUGACUAUGAAUAAAUAUGUGGAAGAAAAUGUGUCUCAGAAGUCCUACACAACCAUCAAGUAUUUCAUGAAGAUGCUGAGUAGUGUCAGUGAGACCUUGAUCUUCAUUUUCAUGGGAGUGUCCACUGUUGGGAAGAACCAUGAGUGGAACUGGGCCUUCGUCUGCUUCACCCUGGCAUUCUGUCUCAUUUGGAGAGCACUGGGUGUCUUUGUCCUGACUCAGGUCAUUAACUGGUUCCGGACCAUUCCUCUGACCUUCAAGGACCAGUUCAUCAUUGCUUAUGGAGGACUUCGGGGAGCCAUCUGCUUUGCGCUAGUGUUUCUCCUUCCUGCCUCUGUAUUUCCUCGUAAGAAGUUGUUCAUUACAGCUGCCAUUGUUGUCAUAUUCUUCACUGUCUUCAUCUUGGGAAUAACUAUCCGACCACUGGUGGAGUUUCUUGAUGUGAAGAGAUCCAAUAAGAAGCAGCAAGCUGUCAGUGAAGAAAUCCAUUGUCGGUUUUUUGAUCAUGUGAAGACUGGAAUUGAAGAUGUUUGUGGACACUGGGGUCACAACUUCUGGAGAGACAAGUUUAAGAAAUUUGAUGACAAAUACCUUCGGAAGCUUUUGAUUCGGGAAAACCAACCCAAGUCAAGCAUUGUGUCCUUAUAUAAAAAACUUGAAAUAAAACAUGCCAUUGAGAUGGCAGAGACUGGGAUGAUAAGCACUGUCCCUUCUUUUGCAUCACUAAAUGAUUGUCGUGAAGAAAAAAUAAGGAAGCUCACACCUGGUGAAAUGGAUGAAAUUCGAGAAAUAUUAUCAAGGAAUCUCUAUCAAAUCCGCCAGAGAACUUUGUCGUAUAACAGACACAAUCUGACGGCCGACACGAGUGAGCGACAAGCCAAGGAGAUUCUGAUCCGCCGUCGACACAGCUUGCGAGACAGCAUCAGGAAAGACAACAGCUUGAAUCGCGAUCGAAGGGCUUCUACUUCCACCUCCCGAUAUUUAUCUUUACCUAAAAAUACAAAGCUUCCAGAAAAGCUACAAAAGAAAAAGAAUAUUUCUAAUGCAG